AUGACUUCCAGUGCAAACUCAUCAUUGUCGGUGUCAUCGUCCGAACGACAAGGAACGGAACAAAGGGGCGGCCAUGAAGAAAGAACUAGUCCUCCUGUGCGAACAUUGCCCAAGCAAGGCAUACAAAUCGAAGCGAAACCUAAUUUAGACCAACAGGACAAACUGUGGAGUGAAAUAGACGUUUUGGACGAUUUGAAACGUAUGGCAAGGGAAGAAGACCCUUAUGAGGGGUUUCCACCGGGAUUUGAAGCUCAGCUGAAGAAAUUACGAAGCGCGCAUAUUGCAUUAUUACAAACGAUGAAGAAACGUAGAGAUCAUAAGAAAGAAGCUGAAGACGUUCCUGACAGUAACGACGAGGAGCGCAAGUUGGUUGACGACGUGAUGCAUUGUUUGAAUGGGCUGAGAGAUUGA